AUGAGCUCGUCCGGCGGCAAGAAGACAUCGGUGCCUCAUCUGGUGCGCACUGCUGCUGAACCCCGCCAGAACCGACUCUACAAUGUGCACAUCUCUCAUAUUGAGCAAGUCAAUCCGUCGAUUCGACUAUUCCAGUUAGCCAUCCCUCCUCAAAAUGUACUAGAGACCCCCGAGUCGGAUGAUGCCGAGUCCUUUCCUCAACCAUUCGCCUUCCUUCCCGGUCAAUGGCUAGACGUUCAUAUCCCGUCUGUCGCCCACGCCGGUGGGUUCAGCAUCACCUCCACGCCCGCCGAUGCACGGGUUCUACCAACCCCAGAGCCAGCGACUGAGCCUCUGGUGGAAAGUGAGGUCGAGACAGAGACCUCCCCCGUUGAACUUCAAGGCAGAGCCCCCUACGUAGAGCUAGCAGUCCAGCAUGCGCCGGGAAACCCGGCUAGUGCAUGGCUCUGGCAGGCCCCCAGUGAAAUCCAAGGAAAGGAAUUGACCGUCCGCGUUGGAGGCAGCUUUGUGUGGCCUCCAUCGGGUCUUAACCUCGAAGAGGUCCGGAAUGUCGUUCUAGUUGCUGGUGGUGUGGGGAUCAACCCCAUCAUCUCCAUUCUUUCCCACUUAAACAACAACGUCGAUGAGAUCACAGCUCUUCGGCACCCCUUCAAUAUCCGCCUCCUCUACUCCACAAGGUUGCCCCGAUCGACUGGUAAUACACCGACAGCAUCUUCCGAGUCGCGUCUCGACCAGGUCCUCUUCCUCUCGCGACUUCGCCAGAUCAUCCGCGGCCAUUCGCAAUCCCAUCGUCUACGGAUCUCUCUCGAUCUCUUCCUCACCAACCUGUCCGAUGACCAACAUAGCCUGCUGCAGGAGACUCCGGCAGAUCUAACGAUCCAUUCGCGGCGGAUUAAUGAUGGUGAUUCAGAGAGGAGCUUAACGGGUCCAGACGGGAAAGUUAAUCCUACUGAUACAGUAUGCUAUGUCUGUGGUCCGCCUAGCAUGACGGAUGGUGUUGUAGAUGCUCUAGGGGGUUCGAUGGGCUCGGGGAAGGAGAGAGUGUUCUUUGAGAAGUGGUGGUAA